AUGCGCAGAAACACAAUCCCACAAAAGGAAGCCCAGGCUAGCAAUGAUGAAAGCCUACCACAUCUUCUCGCUGCAUUGAAUCUUCAUCAGAGCUAUGCACCGGUAUCACCCCCCGAGCUUUCAUCCGAAGAGCAGAUGUCACCACUCCUGCAAUGGAGAUCUGAGCAACGUGGUAAACUCGAUGUUUUGCGGGAAGAAGUCUCAUAUUUCGUGAUCGGCUUCAACCUCAACGAUUUACCAGAUACGAUAGCUUCCCAUCUUCCUGGCUGGAAAACAGACACUCUCCCUGGAUCUUUCGCGCAUCUUCUUUACUCGCUGUUUGGUCCAUUUGAGGAAGUUGCUAAGCUUCAGAAAUCCCUGAACAGUAUCCCAGACUAUUUUACCCAGCACAGACACCGAGCAAUGUUUGCAAACAGAAUUCGGAACAUCAAUCGCGAGCCACAGGACCUCAAGUGCGGUGCUACCUUCGCGCCUCAGUUUCCACCGUCCUGGGAGGACGGCGAAUGGUACAGGAAAAGCCACGAAUAUCUAUUCUCUCGCGAGUUGCGAAUGCUCAGGGACUUGGUGGAACCCCUGCGUGAUACAUCCAAGCCGGUUUACUGGAUCACCGACCGAGUCGAGACUGCUCUGGAGAUGGACAAUGGCUUUCUAGCCUCAAAGGAAUUGAUUGCAGAUUUCAAGAAGGAGCUUUAUGAAACCGCGUGGAAUCGCCGCAAGAACUAUACAAUCUAUGACCCCCGUCCCAGGUGGGAUGAUGAGCAAAAAGAAACAAAACAUCUCAGAGAAUACCGCCUGCAAACCUGCAGAGGAACACUGUACUGGGACCGCUGGCCCCCCGUCGAAGAGCAGUAUGACAAGAAAGCCCUGGCCGCGAAGCAAUCCGUCAUUGACAACGAUCCGAAAGCCGCCCAAAGUCUUGGAUUCCUGCCACCAGAGAACCCCCAACCACCAGCAGUCCUGGUCUCGACCCAACCGGGUGUCGAACUCGCAUGCAUCACCAACCUCGAGCACUACGACGACCAAAUCAUGAUCAUAUUAGUGCGGAUCAGCCAAUGGCUAGCUCUCGCCCGCGGCUUCCCGGCAGUCCAUCUAUUCUGCGACAUCGUCCGACUCUUCACCAUCUACGGUGUUGACGUGGCAAAUGCCGUGCAAGUGGAGUUCUGCAAGCACUUGACUGGUUUGCCGUCAUUCCCCUGGGACCCUGUCGAAUUGCCGCCACUAUUUCCCUGCCUGGAAAGUGAAAUCGAGGCACACGAGCUCUGCCGCGAGGAAAUCCGGAGUCAGAGUGCGCGGAACCACUGGGCAGAGCAGCGCUUGAUGAUGUAUCCCUUGCUUUGGUGUAGGGAUGAUAAUGCUAUUGCCUGGGAUUACCCCCUGCAAACCCUUGUCUGGGAGGAGAAGAAGGAUGGCCGGGUGCUUGCGCUCAGGUCUCCUCCUUUCCAGGACCAUGCUAGACAUAUCCCAUGGGGUUUGGUUGAUAUGAUGAAAGAGGGGUUGUGGGUUGGGGAGUAUGAGGAUGAUUGGCUGGCGCAGUUCGUGGGGUUCAACAGUGAGUACUCCGAUGGCCACUCUGACAAUCUCUGCGGUGGAGAAUGA